AAUUUUUUCUGCAUCAUCGUUGAAAUUUAUACGCACCAAUUUAAAGUAUAAGAUACAGUACGUGUUCGGAAGUCGUUCCAGCAAUAAGUUCGUGCGUGUGAUCUUCGUGAUUAGGAAGAAUAAUUGAAGCUCGAAAAUGUUGAAGGGCACUGUAGCUUUGGUGACUGGUGGUGCUUCUGGGCUAGGACGUGGCACCGUGGAAAGGUUUAUCAAGCAAGGUGCUAAGGUAAUUGUUGGCGAUUUGCCUGCUUCAAAAGGUAAAACUGUAGCCGACGAAUUAGGAGAAGCCAAUGCGGUGUUCGCACCUAUGGAUGUAACUUCGGAGUCUGAUAUCCAAGCUGCUCUUGAUCUUACGAAACAAAAAUUUGGUAAGCUUGACGUUCUCGUCAACGCUGCUGGUAUCGCCGUAGCCUUUAAGACAUAUAAUAGUAAUAAAAAACUUCCUCACAAACUGGAGGACUUCGCUAAAGUUAUCGAAGUCAAUACCAUUGGUACUUUCAACGUUAUUCGCCUCUCUGUUGGUUUAAUGAUAGAAAAUUCUCCUAAUCAAGAUGGUCAAAGAGGUGUAAUUGUUAAUACUGCAAGUAUCGCCGCUUUUGAUGGUCAAGUAGGACAGGCUGCUUAUUCUGCUUCAAAAGGAGCAGUCGUAGGGAUGACUUUACCUAUCGCUCGUGAUCUUUCCAAGGAUGGAAUUCGUGUCGUAACAAUUGCUCCAGGACUUUUCGAUACUCCAUUAUUAAAAGCGCUGCCAGAAAAGGUACGAAUCUUUUUGGCAAAAAGUAUACCGUUUCCUCAAAGAUUGGGAAAUCCUGAUGAGUUUGCCAUGUUGGUACAGCAGAUCGUUGAAAACCCAUUACUAAAUGGUGAAACAAUUAGAUUGGAUGGUGCUUUGCGAAUGCAAGCUUAAAGGACUAUUAAUUUUUUUCAUUUUGAUAAAAUUAUAGUACUGAAGAUUUUUCUCGAAUUUCUUUGUCUCUUUUUGUGUACACACACACACACACACACACACACACACCCACAUACACACAAAAAG